AUGCCAGGGAUUCGUUACUAUCGUUGCUCACGGUGCGGCAGCCAUAGAUUUUCACUCAAGUCGCUCUUCAGGCAUUUGAACCUAGCCCAUGGCCACGAGACAGACUGGAUCUGCGGCGUUGAAGGAUGUAUGCAGACAUUCAGAGUCUUUGCUUCAUACAGAAAACAUGUGUAUCGCAAUCAUGAUGAGGCAUUAGGAGUGAACCGGCGUCCUCAACAAAAUCUUGUGGCGGAAAGAACACCAAGCAGCACAGAAACACAACCUGGCGCUGGCUGUAGUCAGGAGGAUCAAGAAGCAAUUCCCAUAGAAGAUUCCCGAUCGGAGUGCUCUGAUGUUCCAAGUGACUACGUGAGACAUCUGUCCGUCAUGUUUUUAAAAUGGAAGGAAGCAAGACGCCUUCCAGAGUCAACGGUGAAUGAAAUAGCAAAUGACAUCAUCCCAUUCGUUGCUUCUAUCUUAGAUGAUGACAAACUUCUGUCGAAUGAAGAAAAUUCUGCAGAGCUAAAAAGGGCGUACAAAACGCAGAUGAGCAAGCUCUUGACAGAAAGCGGCCGAAAGGUGCACUGGAAGAAUAACUUCACGCUUGUUGAGCCCAAAACCAUAUUGCUUGGAAAGGUGAAUGGAAAGUGUGAAACUAUGGAGUACGUGCCACUGCGUGAUGUGCUCAAGUGUAUUUUAGAGCAUCCUGCCCUCUCAGGGGACUUCAACAGUUUUCUUGAGAUGCAUGAUCAUAUGUGCUCAGUUUUUGAUGGUAGUGCUUUUAAGAAUCACUCUUUUUUUGCUGGGGACAAGAGCAAGAUUUGCUUGCAGUUGUACACAGAUGAAUUCGAGGUGUGCAACCCUUUGGGGAGCAAAAGGGGAAAGCACAAGUUGACUGCGGUCUACUUUUCUGUGCUCAACUUCAACACUAAAUAUCGCUCGGCGCUUUCAGGCAUCAACUUGGUCAUUCUAGUGAAAGACAAAUAUGUCUCCACAUACGGUUUUCAAAAGAUUCUUGCACCCUUGCUUGAAGACGUGGCCAUAUUAGAAAACGAUGGCAUAGUUGCAAAUGGAAAAGUUAUGAAAGGGUCUGUUUUUAUACUUACUGGGGACAACCUUUCCAGCCACAGAAUUGGGGGUUUUAAGGCUUCAUUCACUCAAGGAAGAAUAUGCAGAUUCUGUAUGGCACUGCGCCACGAGGUGAACUACAAGCAUCUAGAGAGUGACUAUGUGCAGCGAACGCCGGAAGGGCAUCAACAUCAUUUAAACAUGCUGAAUGCAGGGCUGCCAACAGCAUCACUGUAUGGCGUCAAGGAGGUUUGCCCACUUCUUGCACUUCAAGGAUUCGAUACAACCCAACACUUGCCCCCAGAUUUAAUGCACGACCUGCACGAAGGCAUCAUACCAUUCACACUGAAGUACAUUAUUUCAUCUUUAAUUUCACAAGGUUUCUUCACACUUGAACAUCUCAACAACUUGAUUGUAGAAUGGAAGUAUGACCCAUGCGAUUCAAAGAACAAACCAGAGAAGCUUUCUAAGCUCUUUCUUUCUGGAAAGGCUACCAUUAAGGUGUAG